GGUGUGUUACACCGUAGGGAGACAGCCAGCCUUCAUCAUGUCCUUAAAUAUGUCUUCGAAAGCAUUCUUCCCAGGAAACUUAUGUUAGAAAACAUAACGUUUACUUUAAUCGAUGAACAAGUUGAUGGAAAAGAUCUUCUCUCAAGCGGUAAGUUGUUGUUGGAAUUGAUUCUUCAACAAUUAAAAUCAGUUCUGAGUCGAUAAAUUAUGUCACAAGUUAGGUAAGAGCCUAUUUAAGAGUUAUCUCUCUUAAAUAAAACCUUCGAGAAAUCUGACAAACUUUUUCAACUUAGCUGUUCCUCUUAGUUGGAGUUAACUUGAAAUAAAGUGGAUGAGGUACAGUGCUUUGUUUACAUGUACUUCUCAUAAUAUGAGGUAAAUCCAUAAAUACGAUCUGCCAAGCUUAUGCUCGCACGAUUUGCCCUUUCCGGCGAGCGCUAGACUUCAAAGAAAAAAAAACGCAAUUUUUUUGAGUAAGCUAAUCAUAAAUGAAAUGGUGUGUCACAAAUAUUCGCAGUGCAGUUUAACCAUGCACCCCAUAACGUCAGUAUGGAUAUCUUCCAUACCGUUCCCUACAUAUUUCCUAAAGUGCUAACUUUAGGAAUUGUAUAUAUGUCUGUGUAAUUAAUGAUCAAAGUUCGUUUUAGCCCCAGAUGCAUUUGUACCCUUGUCUCGUAAUUGUCCACAAACUUUAAAUUGUUCUUGUCAUAUGUUUGUAGAUGUCCUAUCGUCUCUGUCUCAAGUGAUAGCCAUCAUCGACUUGGCGAGCGAGGAUAAGAAGGCCGCAACUCUCAGUUCUAUUUUACAUGUACCGCUGAUGAUGAUAGAUUCCAUUUCAGAAAAUUCGGCGAACACUUCUGUCAUGUCGAUCAGACCUCCCUAUCACGUUGUUAUGCAAGCUCUGUUCGAUGUUAUGGACUUCUUCAAUUUUUCCAGGAUAGCGGUGGUCUAUGACGGUACAGCUGUUUGAUGAAUAUUUUAAUGAAUCGUCUCAUACGUAUAUAGCCGUGGUUAGAACUCUCGCGAGGAUCGAUAGCCUACAUGUCAACUAACGUGGCCCAAAAUCCAAAACCUAGCAUCAAGUGAGACUUUUCCUUAUUUUUACCACGUAUGAAUUUAUUUUUCUAUCUUUGUAAUGCGCUUAGAACAGGACUGGAUAAGCGCUAUAUAAGUAGUUAUUAUUAUUAUUAUUAUUAUUAUUAUUAUUAUUAUUAUUAUUAUUCCUGAUUUCUGUCUCUCCGAAGAUUGUUUCUGGUGGCAAGUUUUUUAUCCUUUAUAAAAAUUGGCGCCCAAAGUAAUCGAAAUCUCAACUUAAGAGAAAGUUUAGUCGGUGAGAAGGGACUCAGGAUCACUGAUUUUGCUGUACUUCCCUCUGUGAUUGGUCGAAAACUCGCUGCACUAAGUCAACCAAUCAAAAACUAAUUGUCUGUUCUGAUUGGCCAUUAUAAUUGAUUUUUAUGGUUUUGAUUUUAAGAAACUUAAUCGAGAUGGGCUGCAUAACCAGGGUAUUGGCUGUUUUAAAUACAUCCAUUUUUGCUCCUCUCUUUUUAGCCCGCCGAGUCAGAGAGGCAUCCUAUUUCUACGCCAAAGCUAAACGAUGGCCACGAUUUAACAUCAAAAUGAUACCAGAACUAAUUUUGAAUGACAGAGAAAAGUUACACAGCUCUCUGACUGAGUUGUUCAGGUCACGCAUCAAAGAAAUAAUCUUAUUAUGUGAUCAGAGGGACCUGUAUCACAUUAUGAAUGAGGUAACUUGUCUAUUUACAUCUUUGUUUUCAUUUCUUAGUCACUUUUGUGAGUACAGAGCUAGUGAAUUAAAGUUAAAGUUUAGUUCCACUUUUUCCAUAUUUUAUUCAACUCUAACAAUUAAUAAAUCGACGUUGUAGGCGCUAUACGUUGGAAUUAAUGACAAAGACUACCGCUGGAUAACACCUGACUUGGUAAUGUAUUGACUUCGCGAGAACCUCUAGCACGCUUAACCCCCCACGUGCGUUUCUUAUUUCAUUUUUGCCUCCUUAGUUUUGUCUCUUUUGGUAAAAUGAUCUUUGCAAUCUUUUGUAAAAUUUAAAGAAAGUUUUCUACGCUCUAAAUACGAGGCGAGAUAUUGACAUUUUUUAAGUAAAGAUAUCCAUAGCUGAUAUCACUUACAUGGAAGAUUUUCACUCUUUCAUUCCUUUUACUUGUUCUUGAUUACCAAGAAAUCGUUGGGCGAGAAUAUGGCUGCUAUCACAUUACAACUUAAGUGGUUUGUCUUCUGCUAGUUGGGGUUUUCAUAAUUUCGGGAAUUAUUUGUUCGUGAUUUGUUGUGUGACUGCUUGUAAUCGAGCUGGAGUAAGUAACCAACUUACACUAGCAUCCAAUGCUUAUUUUUCGACUUGUUUAUGGCCGGAAGCCAAAACUGUGAGACGUAUUUAUUGGCCACGAUUAAUGAUAUGUCCAUGUGUAAUAUCGUCCGACUGUCUUUUUGCGGCUACCUGUAGCUACGCCCUAGAUAGACUACUACUUGUAAGUUUAAGGUCAGCAGCAUUCUCUCUUUACAGGAGGUGGCUGGAGCAGGUCAAACUUACAAUCAUACAUAUCCCUCGUUUCUUGGUAUGGUGGGACUCAGGCUCCAUAUUGUUAACGAGACGUUAAUCAGAAACUUGAAGAGUCGUGCGACCGGUGGAAAAGGAGCCGAAUUCUCUCUGGUGAGAAAGCAGUUGCAUUUUUGGACGUUGUGUGGUAAUUAUAAUAAUGAUGAUAAUGGGACUCUAUUUACGGUUGGUAACACUAAACAGUUACAGAAAGAUAAAAUUGUGGCCCCGCCUCUAAAUUAUAGAAAUUAAACACGGUUUCAACACAAAGUGUUAAAAAAAACCCAACUGGCACUAAGGAGGCAGACCAGUUGGCUAUGAGAGUGCAGUCAAUGAGUUGAACACAGGGUAAGCGAGAACAAAUCUAGCGAGUAGCAGGAUAGAGGGUUUGAACCGGGACCACCAGGUUACAAGCUAGGCCAGCGCCUUAAUCAUUUGGCCACACUGCCUCCUCCUGUCGUUGCACGUUCCAACAAAAUGUGGUCUGAUAACGAAAUGGCCUGUUGAUUGUGUGGUCAUGUCCUGCCGCACAGUGAUCAUGCCAUAUUGUAUCGAGCUCUGCCUUCGCACGUGCUGUUGUGCCGUUCAACGUUGUGCUGUACUGUACUGUUUCGCGUAUUAUUUUGUCUUGUUAUAUUGUGCCUUGCUAUGCCAUCGCGCUUUUUUGUGCUGUAUUGUGGCGGUUCGCGUCCCAUUCUAUUUAUCUAUGUUGUGUCUCUUUUUUUGUGUCGUUUCGUGUAUAGCUCCUCGUUGAAACGAGCUGUAUCGUCAAAACAAUUGUUGUUAAUGUUUAUUUAUGUGUAUUCCUCUGUUUGUCACUCUAUACUGUGUUGUUGAAGCUGGCGAAAAUAUGCCUGUGAGAAAAAUGCCUACUUUUCGGGUCUCUCAAAGGGACGUUGGGUCGAUAUUUCUAACAUCGCACAACACGUGACAGACCAUUUGACAUUAUUUGUACACUAGCUUAUGAAUAGGUGUGAAAGUAAGGGUAAUUUUAGCUUAAAACAUAUACGAUACUGGUCACAUUUGACAUCUUUUGCCCAAAGCCCGUGUAUGCAGCUGUCCAUGACGUAGCGCUUGUGGUAGGGACGGCAGUGGUGAAUUUAUUCAACACCGAUCCUAGGAUAACAAGGAUAUUAUCACGUUUAGACAAUGGUAAUUGCGCUUUUCGGAGCAAAUCAAGUAAACGCAGGAGAUUGGGAUUGAGACUGCUCAAGCAGAUUAGGAAGGUAAUGUUAAAUUUUCUUUUGAAAAAUGAAAGAUUGCAAAUGAUAAAUGUUCUUCUCUGCCAAAAAAAAAAGCUCUCAGAAUUUACCGUGGUCAACAGUUCUUUGAGCUCUAAGUUUCGUCACAUUAUGUUCAAAGGUGAAACUAUUCCACGGAGAGGGUCUGACUGGCGAGAUACAAUUCAAACUUCGUACGGGUGAACGAAGAGUACAUGAUGGCCUGGACAUUGUGAACAUUGUUCAAAACAGAACCAAAAAGGUUUGUGAGUAAAUUACAGUACAUAAAGAGUAAUGCAAGCUUGUUCGAUCACUGACCAACCUCUCAUGAUUAUCAUAUCAGUGAAAGCAAGAGAGACCUAACUACUCUGAGAGUGAAUUUCAGCAUAUGUUUGUAUGUCUAAUUCGCACAUUCUCUCGUUUGUUUUCACUAGCUCGGCUCUUGGCAACCUGAACCUGAAAGGAUAGAUCACCGUGUGUCUGUGAAUAACGAACACCCUAAGUGGGUGGGAGAUUUCGCACACUUUGUCCAGUGCAACAAUCCGGGGAACAACCUGCACUACGAACCAGAACCGAUCCCAGUGCUAAAAGUUAUAACAGUGUUGGUGAGAAUACUCUGUGAUUUUAAUCCUUUAAUUUCUAAAAGUGAUUAACGUGUUUCCAGCAUAUAGUUGUGGAAGAAAUUGCAGACAUAUCUGCUUCAUAUAACAUCACACUCUGAAUAUCAAAUUUUGUAGAAAUGGACAGUGACAAGAAAGAAGAAUUAUGAACCAGAUCUUCAGGGCCAAUGGAUUAAGUAACCUACAUAUGAUGUACACAGGUGUAAAUUUUCAUGAGGGUUAUGAUACACAAGAAGGUUCGGAUCAAAGUCAGUAUUUGAGCAACUGCACAUCUACCCCUGCCCUAGCUUUCUAUCAGUUGACUUUUCGUUAGGUAAGUGGUGGAGUAGGUGCGCAGCUGCGUUGAUACUGACAUAUAUCCGUAGGUUUCAUUGAUAAUACCUCUCUGGCAAACGUCAAACUUCCUCCCGAUGCACCUGGCAGCUGGGCGUCCAGUAAAGUUAAUAUUAACCCUUUAAACCCUAGGAAUGACCAGUAUCUAAUUUCUUCUUACAGUAAUAAUGCUGAAUCAUUCACUAUGACCAUGAGAAUAAAGGAAAUGAUCGCAAUCCUAAAAAGCUUUGACUAUUAAAUAAAUUCUCCUUAUCACUACCAAAGGAAAUGUAUGGAGAAGAGUACAGAGAAUAUAGAUACUGAUGUUGAGGUGUAAAGGGUUGAUACAAAAAAGCUUAAAUUAACAAUUGUUUUAUACGUCAGCGUGCGUUCAUCGAGAUAUGAAGGACGCAGGAAGUUUGAAGAGCACGAAAGAUGCGUAAGAGUUGCUCGAGGCGUAGCCGAGAGCAACUUUAGCUUCUUGAGUACUCUCCAAACUUCCUGCGUCCUUCAUAUCUCGAUGAACGCCCAGCUGACGUAUGAACCAAUUGUUUUAUAACAUUUUCAACCCGAUGGAAAAUUUUUUUUAGAGCUAGAAGAAGCUAGAGCUAGAAGAAGCUAGAGUGGCUAUCGGCUACGCCUCGAGCAACUCUUACGUAUCUUUUGUGCUCUCCAAACUUCCUGCGUGCUUCAUAUCUCGAUGAACGCACAGCUGACGUAUAAACCAAUUGUUUUAUAUCAUUUUCAACCCGAUGGAAAAUUUUUUUUCUCGAGGGAUUCGUUUGCUGACGUAACGAGCGUGCACAAUAGGAAUAUGAAGCACGCUCGCGCAAUUGAAUUUGAUUAGACAAAUUUACCAGCUAUGUUAUAAAAUGCCUUUGAGUCUCUCACUGUUAUUUCGUGUACAAUUCAAAACCCAAAAAGGAGGCAGUUCCACUUAUAUACGGAAUGCCUCGCAUGCACUAGUUGCACCCAUUAUAAUCAACUAUAUCCUUCGACAGUUUUCCAAUGUAUUCAAAAGGUUUUGGAAAUAAGUGUAGCGAGCAUGAGAAAUUAUUUCUAGAGAUCAAAACAGAGCCAUCAUCGCUGGGUUUUUUCUGUAGGCAACCGCCACUUCCCUCCAAUCAACUUGGUCCAAGGCAUGCUAUGUUAUUUUUCUGGAGCUAUUCUUGUCUCGGUGGUUACUGGUUAUUUAGAAACGCGCUACGCCGCAGCAUUCUGAUUCAUUUUAGUGUAACAGUGUUUCGCGUCUAAAUAGAGUAAAUCUUUGAAAUAAUAGUUAGCUAGGAUGGAAAAACACCAGGGGAGAGAGGAAAUGAAAGGGUGACGACGGCGAAGGUUAGCAGGGACUGUACAUGAAAAACACGUAAAUGAGGGUCAAUUUUUUUAAAGAUGAACUAGUCAUCCAUUGUCAUCAUAGAUUCAGUCAUUGAAUCCUUUGUUUCUCUUAGGAACCUCCAUUUGUCGAGAAGGUGAAUGAGUCCACGCCAUUACCAGAUGGGAUCAUACCUAAAAACCAGCUUCAGGGUUUCUGUAUCGAUCUGAUUGAAGAAAUAUCCAAGAAGGCAAACUUCGACUAUGAGAUUUAUCUGGAUAAUAGCUACAAAGGGAUGGUGGACGCGUUGAAGUCUCAGGUAGCAAUUUUUUCGUUGACUGUCGAAGCUAAUCGGGAACUGCAUCAGUUUUGCCUCGCUUCGCGUUGUGAUAAAAAUACUAUAGGAAGAGACUCUCCUCAACCUCUAUCAAAAUUAGGGCAAAUUUUCAAUUGAGUUAUCCGGGAUUGCUUAGUUUUUGCUUUACUUCGCUCUGUGAUUGGUCCAGAAAACUUGCACUACUCUUAACCAAUCACAUGAAAAACUGAAAUCACUCACGACUUGGUAGCUUGCGUUUUCCUGCGUUUUAGUCAGUUUGGUCGUUUUUACUUUGAAAUUUCAUUGGCUCUUAAAGGCAUUUUCUUUUCUUCGGAUUGGCUGUUGUGAUUGCUUUGGUUUGGAUUUUACAAAACUCAAUCGAAAGGCACUUUACCGACUCGGUGUAGAUGUGUUGCCUAACUGCAUGCGAACUGAACCGAUUAUUUUUUCAUGAACAAUAUAAAUUCUUUCAUAUAUUAAGUCAAUAGCUCCUAUGCGUCUAUUAACAGCAGAGGUCUUCUUAUUUUUCAUUGCACUCUUGCAAGAUGUGAGUAGUUUUUAAUACUGGGUAUGAUAGCAGGGAUCAUCAAGUUCAUUUUCCAUAAUCUGGCAUUAUCUCACGACUCUCUUACCGAAAUUCGGCACUUUCCCUACCUUUAAUCUCUGGUCUAAUGAAAAGCCAACUAAGAUGUUUUCGCCAAGUGGCAAAAUGCAACUCCUCGCCAUCUGCUAUAGCCGUUCUUGCGUUAAAAGUUAAAAGAUUUGCUUUGGCUUUGAACCAAUGAGUUUUAUAGGACUUUUUCGUUUGUUAUUGCCGUAAAUGUCAUUAUUUAAGUUCAUUUGGCUUGCGCGAUCGAAUUUGGUACCAAACGAUUACCUAACACUUCUUGCCCUGAAUAAUUUGCUUUGCCAUUGUUUAUCCUCUUUCAGAAAAAGGACCUUGCUCUUGCUCCAAUCACAAUAACGGCAGAGCGUGAAUUGAUCAUCGACUUCAGCAAACCGUUUAUGGACUUUAGUAUGAGUCUGAUCAUGCGCAAACCUGGAGAGCCUCCGAUCAAUAUAUUCGCUUUUCUUCUGCCUUUCACCAACAAUCUGUGGCUCUCCACGAUUGUAGUGGUAAGGUUUUAGAAUUGUUCGGUACCAUUUUACGACGGGAAUUUUAAUUUCCAUCAUCUUGAAUGUUCUAGGUGCGGGAGAUUUUAACAUACCAAGGAUCAAAUCACUGGGAGUACCUCGGGUUUGAAGAUCUAAGAUCAAAUUUCAAUGACUCAUGAAAAUUAUCACUUGCAUGAUUUAUUUGAGGUCUGAGAUUUCCAGUGCUGUUGUUGGUUUAAGAUACCGGAGUCACCAGGGGCUCGAGAUAUCUACAAUGAAAGGCAAAAAUAGUUGGCGCGCUUCCUCUUACUCGGUGAUUUAUAAUCCCCUACUCAUCAUACCAGACAGAAAUCUCGUAAAACGAUACUGAAUAAGUGCCCCCCCCCCUUUUCUUCCCAGUCAAUGUUGCCUGAAAUUAGCGAGGAUUUUGUUGACACCAGGCAACAUUUAAAGGGGGGAGAGGAGGGAGAUAGAUGAAAGUUAUAGCAAAAAUUAAAAAAGUAGUGGAGUUUGCCAAGACUUUUGCCACUCAUUGUGGGUUCUAAUUACGGAGAUCUACCGGGUGGAAGAUGAUGGAGACCUGAGAUAUCUGAUGCACCAUGCUUACCGGGUAUAACUUGGGUUUAAUACAUCGAGAUUGAUAAAAUUCAGAGAACAGGGAUACACUGGGUUUAAGAUAUCAAUACAUCGGAGCUAGAAUUACAGUGAUGCGCACGGCAUGCCAGGUGUCUUUUAAUUUCAAUGUAGAGCUUUGCCUUACAAUUGCGAGGGAAUAGUACAUCCCUGUUAGCAAAUGGUAAACUUAUCAACUGUUUCUGUUCGCAACGUCGCACGGAAACGGCUGAUCAUGAUGAAAUUUUCAUAAAUUCACGGCAAAAAACGUUUUCGAACGUAUGCGCGCCUGUUUGUCUUAACCACUAUGCGUUUGGCUCUUUUGAUGUGUGCACCAGUUUUUUGUUUCAGCUACGACACUUUUUUUAAACAUCACUAGAAUGUAGUAACUUUGUUUUGCCAAAUGAAAUUUAUUUUUGAAGGUUUUGUUCAUCACCGGAAUGAUGUGUGUCAUGGACUAUUUGAGCCCGUUUGGUUACCGCGCUCGAGCUCGUGAUUCAGACGAGGAGCCUGGAAAUGAGUUCAACCUGUUGAACAGCUUGUGGUUUGCUACAGCUUCCGUUUUACAGCAAGGUCCCGAUAACACUCCUCUAUCUCCCUCUGGUCGCUUGCUAGCUUCCUCCUUUUGGUUUUUUAUAUUAAUAAUGAUAACAACCUACACGGCAAACCUGGCUGCCUUCUUCACAAGUACGUUCGACGAAAUAGAGAUAUUUAUUUUAUUACGUCGAAAAAUGCUGCUAUUCCUUAGAUCGAGAUUUCAAAAUUAAUUAGUUUAAAUUUCCUUUUCCUUUUCCUUUUCCAGUUAAACGAGAAGUGCAAACUAUCAAUUCCCUGAAAGAACUGGAAAGUCAAAACCAAACCACAUACGGAGUCCUCAGAACCGGCUCCGUGCAGAAAUUCUUCCAGAAUUCAGAAAAUCCUAUUCACAUGAGAAUGUUCUCUUUUAUGAGAAGUCAGCAAACUUUCGUCAACUCUACUGCUAAUGGGGUGAAAAAAGCGAGGGCAGAAAACUACGCUUACAUAACAGAAUAUCCCUACUUGGCAUACUACAAUCAACAGAAGCCAUGCAACACGAGGUUACUGGACAACCUACUUCAAGCUAAAGGUUAUGGAAUUGGGCUGCAGCAAAACUCACCACACACAAAUAAGAUUUCUGUUGAGAUCUUAGAGGUGGGAGACUCAUCUUUUUCGGUUAUCUGACAACACAUGUCAAGUUACUUUUAGAUUGAGAAUCCAGGAAGUUGUACAUGAUCCACUGAAAAUUUUUCUCUUAUAUACAGCAAUGCUAACUGCUAUAAACACUGUUGCAGUGUAAUACUUUUGUCCAAGUUUAAAGUCAAACUUUCAUGAUCAUAAGUCUUAUUUUCUUACAGCUACGAGAAAAUGGCUUCAUUGAAAAAACACGGCGAAAGUGGUGGGACGAGCGUAGUCAAUGUCCAAAACCAUCUAAGUCCAAAACUGGGAAAAUACAUAGUCUUGACGUCGAUAACAUGGCUGGAGUGUUCUUAAUCUUACUCAGUGGUGUUAUCCUCUCAAUAUUUAUUUUGCUUAUCGAGAUACGCUACAAGAAGCUGGCUGCGUGCUCCACUAGUGGCCAGGUAAAGUUGUGCUUCGUUCACACUACAGCGGAUAAGAUAUAAUUGAAAACAAAACUAUUCUUAACAUUCAGGCUUACCUUGUAUAUUGGUGCAAAUUAACUGCUCAUGGGAAAAGGAGGAGGUCAAAUGAAGGAAUUACAAAUGAUGGUUUGAAAAUAUUAGGAAACCGGGUUUCCCUCAUUCCUCUAUAAAGUCUCUGAUAGAUUGGACAAUUAGUGCCGUCAGAGAGUGAAUAGGAAAAUCAGAAUUUUGUUUAAUUUCCACUAACGCACUCUCCGUAGAACGCUCUGAAGCGAUAUCUGAGAAGAAGUUGCAAGGCGGAAAAAGAGGAAAGUGACCAUUUGUCUACUCCCGCCAUUCAUGUUAACCCGGUCACUCCUGACAAUCCUGUCACACCGGUCACACCAGUAGCGCCGGUCACGCCGGUUCGAGUAGCUGUGGUGUUAUCCCAAGGAGACAAGGUUUUAGAGCAAUUGAAGGAAGAAAAAGGCAAGGGCAAAGGUUGGAAUAAAUGGUUUCAAGGCGUGGGAAAGAUUGAAGGU